AUGGCGAAAUCCAAGAACUCGUCCCAACAUAACCAGUCGAAGAAGGCUCACCGUAACGGUAUCAAGAAGCCAAAGACCUCCAGAUACCCAUCCCUCAAGGGUACCGAUCCUAAAUUCAGAAGAAACCACAGACAUGCUCUCCACGGCACAAUGAAGGCUUUGAAGGAGUUGAAGGAGGGCAAACGGGAGUCCGCAUGA